UAUAUACAAUAAUAUCACAUGUAAACUUUCUCUCUGUUUUCUCUUCUUCUCUCGUUCUCAUAUUCUUUUGUUUUUUCUUUCUUUCCUUGCUUCAUCUCCCUGUAAUGCAAAGCAAAACAAGGCCUAUUCUUAAGUCUUUUUAAUUAUCGAUUUCCCUCUCAAGGUUUCUUCACAGAGGUGCGAGAUUUCUUCAAACCUUCAUCGCUCUGUGUUCGCUCGGGUCUUCCAAAGCUUCACCUUGAAGGGAUUUGCGCCUCUGGAACUCCAAACGAUCUCUAUUCUUGUUCGCAAUGAUUUGUUCUCUGAAGGUGAUCUAUUGAAGAGGUUCGAAUUGAAUUCUCUUGGGUUAGAUCUACUCAGUCGUUCAAGUUUCAGGGUGAAGUUUCCAAGCGAUUGUUUUGAAGAUUCUGAACCGACGACGUGCGUUUCUUGGAUUUUCAUUUUUAAUCGGGGUUUUGUUUUUAACACGAAACAUGGUUUGUUGAAGAGGAGUUUUCUGCACAGAUGAAAAGGUCUAGAGAAGACGUUUACAUGGGCUCUCAACUCAAACGACCCCUCGUUUCCUCUCGAGGGGAAGCCUCCGGGCAACCCCAAGUCCCUAGAGGCGGAGGAGGUGCAGUUGGAGGAGGUGGCGGAGGAGGAGGAAGUGGAGGGGGAGAAGGUGCACAGAAACUAACAACAAACGAUGCCCUAGCCUAUCUUAAGGCGGUCAAGGACAUUUUUCAGGAUAAAAGGGAAAAAUAUGACGAGUUUCUUGAGGUCAUGAAAGAUUUCAAGGCCCAGAGAAUUGACACUACUGGGGUCAUAUCAAGGGUGAAAGAAUUAUUCAAAGGGCAUAGGGACUUAAUUUUAGGCUUCAAUACCUUCUUGCCAAAGGGGUAUGAGAUCACCCUCCCACUUGAGGAUGAAACUCCACCAAAGAAGCCUGUUGAGUUUGAAGAAGCAAUAAAUUUUGUAAACAAGAUCAAGACACGGUUCCAAAAUGAUGAUCAUGUAUACAAAUCAUUCUUAGACAUUCUAAAUAUGUACCGAAAGGAGAACAAGUCCAUUACUGAGGUCUAUCAGGAGGUGGCUACUCUUUUCCAUGACCAUCCUGAUUUGCUCAGUGAGUUCACACACUUUCUACCUGAUUCAUCAGCAACAGUGCCCACACAGCAUCUUCCAUCAGGCAGAAAUUCUUUUCUUCGCCGUGACGAGCGAAGCACUGCCAUGCCUACGUUGCGGCAAAUUCAUGUGGAUAAGAAGGAGAGGACAUUUACUUCUCAUGCUGAUCGUGAUCUAAGUGUUGACCGUCCUGAUACAGACCAUGAUAGAACAGUCAUGAAAGGGGAUAAAGAGCAGAGAAGGCGCUCUGAAAAGGACAAGGAGAGGAAGGAUGAUAGGGAUAGGAGAGACCGUGAUCGGGAUGAUAAGGAUACCGAGCAUGAAAGCAGUAGGGACUUCAACAGCGUGUCACGUCUUACCCAUAAACGGAAAUCUUCUCGGAGGGUUGAAGACUCCAUAGCUGAGCAGAUAAGCCAAGGUGGGGAAGGUGCUGAAAAUUUUGGAAUGCAUGCCGUAUCAUCUUCUUUUGAUGAUAAAAAUGCCUUGAAAAGUGCAUACAGCCAAGAAUUUACUUUUUGUGAGAAAGUUAAGGAGAAACUGCGUAAUUCUGAUGAUUAUCAGGAAUUCUUGAAAUGCCUUCAUAUUUAUAGCACAGAAAUAAUCACAAGAUCUGAACUGCAAACUUUGAUGGGUGAUUUGCUUGGAAAAUAUCCAGAUCUUAUGGAUGGGUUCAAUGAAUUUUUGACCCAUUGUGAGAAGAUUGAUGGAUUUCUUGCUGGUGUUAUGAGUAAAAAAUCAUUGUGGAAUGAAGGACACUUACCCAGACCAGUGAAAGUAGAAGACAAGGAAAAAGACAGGGAGCGGGAAAGGGAUGAUAGGGAGAAAGAUAGAGACCGUGAAAGAGAGAGGGAUAAAGAAAGGGAAAGGCAUGACAAGGGUGUUGGGGGUCACAAGGUUCCUUUGUAUUCAAACAAGGAGAAGUUUAUAGCUAAACCCAUUUCAGAGCUUGACCUCUCUAAUUGUCAACGCUGUACUCCCAGUUACCGGCUUCUGCCAAAGAAUUAUCCUAUACCUUCGUCAAGUCAUAGAACAGAUCUUGGUUAUCAAGUAUUGAAUGAUCAUUGGGUGUCAGUGACUUCAGGUAGUGAGGACUACUCUUUUAAACACAUGCGCAAAAAUCAGUAUGAAGAAAGCCUGUUCAGAUGUGAAGAUGAUAGGUUUGAGCUGGACAUGUUGUUGGAAUCAGUUAAUGUAACUACUAAGCGUGUAGAGGAGUUAUUAGACAAGCUCAAUGACAAUACAAUUAUACCAGACAGUCCAAUUCGUGUGGAGGAUUACUUUACAGCUUUAAAUUUAAGGUGCAUUGAACGCCUGUAUGGUGACCAUGGGCUGGAUGUGAUGGAUGUGUUGCGAAAGAAUGCUCCCCUUGCAUUGCCUGUCAUAUUAACUCGCUUGAAGCAGAAACAAGAGGAAUGGACAAGGUGUCGUGCAGAUUUUAAUAAAGUUUGGGCUGAAAUAUAUGCUAAGAACUAUCACAAAUCACUUGAUCACCGAAGCUUCUAUUUCAAGCAACAGGAUACAAAGAGUUUGAGUACGAAGGCCUUAUUAGCUGAGAUUAAAGAAAUUAAUGAGAAGAAGCGGAAGGAGGAUGAUGUUCUUCUUGCUAUUGCUGCUGGAAACAGACGACCUAUAAUUCCAAAUCUGGAAUUUGAGUACUCUGAUUCUGACAUUCCUGAAGAUUUAUACCAGCUAAUCAAAUAUUCAUGUGGAGAGGUUUGCACAACAACAGAACAGUUGGACAAAGUGAUGAAGAUUUGGACAACAUUCUUGGAACCCAUCUUGGGUGUUCCUCCUCGGCCACAGGGUGCUGAAGAUACUGAAGAUGUUGUAAAAGCUAAAAACAAUACUGUCAAAAGUAGUGUAGCAAGCAGAGAAAGUGAUGGGAGUCCUGGAGCUGAUGCUGCUGUUACAAAUUCCAAGCAAUUAAACCCUACUAGCAAUGGAGAUGACAGUACUGCACCAGAAAAAGCAAGUUCAUGCAGGGAUAGGCUGGCAAAUGGGGAUACUUCUGCCAAAGAAGAUAGCCUUCAUGAUGCAGAUCGAGUUGCCCGUAGAAAUGAUACAUGCAAUACUCCUCAGAAUGGAAAAGUGCAGAAUAAUGCCCUUAUGACAGAUGAAAUGUCUGGAGUUAACAUACAGGCUACAUCUAAUGAACGGCUAACCAAUUCUAACACAUCACUUGCUGCUAGAGCAGAACAAAAUCUUGGUAGAUCCAAUAUGGAAAUCACAUCAGGUCUUAGCGGACCUCCUUCCAGACCUGGUCAAACUGCAAAUGAGGGUGGGAAUGAGCCCAAGCUUAGUACUGAUGUUCCACCAUCAUCUGAGGGUGGUGACAAUGCAAGACCCACUGUACCAGCCAAUGGGGUAAUAACAGAUGGCUCUAAAGUCCAUAGAUAUCAUGAAGAAUCUGUUGGACACUUAAAAGUUGAGAGAGAAGAGGGUGAGUUAUCCCCCCCUAAUGAGGAUUUUGAAGAAGAUAACUUUGUUGGCUAUGGAGAUGCUGGUAUUGAUGCAGUGCCUAAGGCAAAGGAUACUGCUACAAGUAGGCAAUAUCAAACAAGGCAUGGAGAAGAAGAAGAAAUAUGCUGUGGCGAGGCAGGAGGAGAAAAUGAUGCAGAUGCUGAUGAUGAGGGUGAAGAAAGUGCUCAAAGGUCAACAGAGGACAGUGAGAAUGCCUCUGAAGCUGGUGAUGUUUCUGGUAGUGAGUCAGGUGAUGGUGAAGAGUGCUCCCAUGAAGAUCAUGAAGAGGAGGAAGAUGUUGACCAUGAUGAGCAUGACAAUAAGGCUGAAAGUGAAGGAGAGGCUGAGGGGAUGGCUGAUGCACAUGAUGUUGAAGGAGAUAGUAUCUCAUUGCCAUUUUCAGAACGUUUUCUGAUGAGGGUGAAGCCUCUGGCAAAAUAUGUCCCUUCUGUUCUACAGGACAAAGAAAAGAAGGAUUCACGAAUUUUUUAUGGAAAUGAUUCCUUCUAUGUGCUUUUUAGGCUUCAUCAAACACUGUAUGAGAGAAUUCUAUCAGCAAAGAUGAAUUCAUCAACUGCUGAAAAAAAAUGGAGAACUUCAAAGGACACAAGCCCUCCUGAUCUCUAUGCCAGAUUUAUGAGUGCAUUAUACAGUUUGCUUGAUGGUUCUGCUGAUAAUACAAAGUUCGAGGAUGAUUGCCGAGCUAUUAUUGGAACUCAAUCAUAUGUUCUGUUUACAUUAGAUAAGUUGAUAUAUAAACUUGUCAAACAGCUUCAAACAGUUGCAACUGAUGAGAUGGACAACAAGCUUCUUCAACUAUAUGCAUAUGAAAAAUCAAGGCAGCCUGGGAGAUUUAUUGAUUUAGUUUAUCAUGAAAAUGCACGUGUUCUUCUUCAUGAAGAGAACAUAUAUCGAUUUGAAUGUUCAUCAAGUCCCAGUCCCACCCGUUUGUCCAUCCAGUUGAUGGACUAUGGGCAUGAAAAGCCUGAAGUCACUGCUGUUUCCAUGGAACCGAACUUUUCAGCUUAUCUGCACAAUGACUUCCUGUCAGUUGCUCCUGACAGAAAGGAGAUGCAUGGUGUAUUCCUUGAAAGAAACAAACGCAAAAGUUCAAGUGAUGAUGAAUUUUCUACUACAUGCAAAGCUCUCGAGGGAGUUACAGUGGUCAAUGGUCUGGAGUGUAAGAUAGCUUGUAAUUCAUCGAAGGUCUCCUAUGUGCUUGAUACAGAAGAUUUCUUGUUUCGAAAGAGAAGAAAAAAGAGAUGUUUAUCUACGGGCAUCUCUUCUUGCCACGACCAAGCAAAGGUAUCGAAUGGUUAUGCUGUAAGAGUACAGCGGUUCCACAGAUUGCUAUCUGGUUCCUAGUAUGCCUUGCUGGGAUAUCAAAGGUACCUCCCAUGGGGUUGUGGAUUAUUGCUGCUGCCAAUCUCUCUACUAAAACGCUUUCCCGAAGGCAUCUCUCCCUCGCAUUGGUUUUUUCGCGAUAACAACCUAGGAGAAGUGGGAAAGGGUCGUAAAAUCUGGUGGUAUCCUGUAAUUUCGCGUCAGUGGGCAUUUGGAGCCACUUCUGUAAAUAGGGUUUUAUCCUGAUGUAAAACUGAGAGAUAUAUCUUCAUUUCAUUGGUUUACUGUUUUUUCCACCCAGAAACGAACGACAGCCUCUGUUAUUUUUCCUGUUGUUGCAAUUGGUGUAAAUACUCCCUGUGGUCCGUAAGCCAACUAACCCGCUUGAGUAUACAAGUUGAAGGAGAAUUGAAUUGAAACUUGUUUUUUCCCCAUCAUAGGCAGUGAAAUAAUCAGUAAUGAAGCAUUUUCUGUGUUUUUUAUUCA